UGCACCGGUGACCACUCGGACAGGAGCAGUCCGUGGGAACCGUGGACCACCCUGCGACUUCGUGGAUUUUUUUAUCCCCCCUGUUCGGAUUUUCGACGAAAUUUCAUCUCCCACCCCGCCCGCCCCUUCCGCGCGUUGACGCGGAUCGAUCAGCUGAUUUCUGUCAAAUCCGCCCCAGGUGGAGUGGGUCCGCCAGAUCCGUCACCUGGACUUCGGGAAGGUGCUAGAUCGUGUCGGUCAUCUUGUCUUGGCCUGACAGCUGCCAAGGGAGGUGUCAUAGAUCCUUCCUCAGAUCCUUCCGGCACUCUUCCUACCCUUGGAGGGAGAGAAUCGAUCCUGGUCGCGGUCGCGUCUCGGGAUCGGGUUAAAUCCUGAUCUGGUGGGUCUUUUAGUGGUGUCGCUGAUGUUGCCGGUGUCGAUACUAGUGCGAUGACAGAUGUGCUCGGCUGAUGUGAGGUGGUUAUCAGUGGUCCAUUCGACUGCCCGUGUCAAGGGAUUUGGCAGGAGGGCCCUGUGAUCCAACAUGAAAUCCGUCUUCAAGAUGAUCAGGAGGAUAGCCUGCCUCGUCCUGAUUUUCCUGUGCUGCAAAGCUCUGGGGCAUGGCUUGCUCCUGGAAAAGGAGAAGGAACCGACUUAUUUGACCGCUGGUGUUGGGGAAUAUGUCGUCUUUAACUGCGACCUUGACUUUCCUCAUGAAAUCCCAAUUCCAUACAUCCUGUACUGGAAUCGCGAGGGCCGGACGGUGUUCUCCUGGUACGACGGCGUGAUAUCAGCGGCCAACGAUUACACGGGCCGCAUACACUUGAUCCAGGAUGCGGAGGCUCGAGGUCUGGGACAGGGCAGCGUCAACCUGACCAACAUCAGGGAGAGCGAUCAGGGCUGGUACGAGUGCAGAGUCAUUUUCCCCAACAGGACCCCCAGCUCCAGGAACAACGGGACCUGGUUCCACCUCAGCAUCGAUGGUGCGCCGCCGCCGGUUGUUUCAGGUGAGAACCUCCUGACAGUCCCACCUGUCAACAAGACUGUCAUGGAAGGCGAGUCCGUCAGCUUUGACUGCACCACCAAGGAGGCCACCUCCAUUGUCACCUGGUUUCGUGACGGUAUCCAGAUUUCGGAGCUGGAGGAUCUCAGGGAUCGAGUCUCCGUGGCCCAUGAUGGGGCCUUGACCAUCGAUCCAACGGACAUGGGCGAUCUUGGAGAGUAUGGAUGCGUAGUGACCAACGUCCACGGGGAACACCAAAACGCCUCCGCUUUUCUUAACGUGCAAUACAAAGCGAAGGUCAUUUACGCACCUAGGGAGGUGUACCUACCGUAUGGAAAGUCCUCUCUUCUCGACUGCCAUUUCAGAGCCAAUCCACCGCUCACGAACCUUCGAUGGGAGAAAGAUGGCUUCCUCUUCGACCCUUACAACGUCCAAGGGGUGUUUUACAGGAGAAACGGAUCGCUUUACUUCAGCAAAGUCGACGAGACGCACUCAGGGAGUUACAGCUGCACUCCUUAUAACGACCUGGGCACCGAGGGGCCGAGUCCUUCUAUCAAUGUAAUCGUCCAGAGACCUCCGAUUUUUACGGUGACUCCUCAACACCUUUACAUGAGAAAACUAGGGGAAACUUUGGAGAUUCCUUGCGACGCCAGGGAUGGCGAUCAAAGUCAUCGACCAACCAUAGUUUGGUACAAAGAUGGAUCGGCGUUGCCUCCAGAAAGGACCACCGUGAUCGGCGGGAAUUUGACCAUCGAAAGGAUCCAGGAGCAGGAUCGAGGGAUCUACCAAUGUGCAGCCAGCAACGAGGCAGCAACAGUAGUCGCUGAUGCCGAAUUGAUGGUCUUGAACGUCCCUCCGAGAGCUCCGUACAAUCUCAGUGCAAACAGCAGUAAAAGUGCAGUGACCCUCACCUGGGUUCCGGGAUACGUGAGACCAAAGAUGGACUACUCCAUAUGGUACAGGCCCACGGGAACUUCAGAAUGGAGAACCAUGAAACUGCCCUCGAGGAAGAUCACGGAAGCCACGGUGAACAAUUUAAAUCCCGGACGAGAGUACGAGUUUAUGGUCUUGAGCCAGGAUAAUCACGGGGACGGGAUGUUCAGCAAGGCCGUAAAGGUGUUCACUCUGCCAGUCGCGUCGAGCCAGAACUCGGCCUCGGGGUACCACUCGUCAGAGCCGGAGAGCAUGGGACCACCACAGAAUGUGAGAGUCCAGGCCACGGUGGAGGGCUAUCUGGUUACAUGGGAUCCCCCUGCUUAUGGCACCCAGUACGUCAGACUUUACACCGUAAGGUGGUUUCGGGGACCAGCUGAACACCUCUACGGCAGAUCGGAAACUACCGACACAUAUUACCUGGUGAAAUCCUUGGAGGAGGAAAGCUCUUAUACCUUCGAGGUGGCAGCCGUGUCCAUGUCGGACGAAAUACUACCGAGCGAACGAGUAACAUUAGAGGUUCCGGCAUAUCGUAGAAAUCGCGCAAUUUCUAUGGGAAUUAUCGCCGGAAUCGGAUUUUUGGCCGCAGCAGUGGCUGCCGUUUUUUGGGCCAGGAAACGAUUUUGCCGAUCGGCGACAUCGGAGAAAUGAAACGAACGAUCGCGAGCCGUGAAUCGACUCGAUAAUCGAUAAGGUAAUCGACCCGGAUCGAACUAUUACCCCGAAAGAAAAAAAGCGAAAAAAAAGAUGUCGAGUCUCAUGGUGUCGGAAAAUUGUGUGGACUGUGUUUCUUAGUCUCUAACAUUAAUCUAAGAUACCGAGGUUUGCCUUAGUACACAUUAAUCACGUUAACGUAUCGAUAGGUGCAUUCGAUUAGACGGCACUAAAAGACUAUACGUAUGUUAUCUACAUGAUCUACCUUAAGCAUGUUUCGUAUGCAGUCAGUAGAUGCGGUCUACGCGUGGAUAUGUAUAACUGGUACGUUUUUCUAUUGUAAAUAAAUUAAUGUAAUUGGUA